UUCAUUUUAUAAUAAUCCAAUCUUCUUUUCCAGUUUGUUCUUGUUAUUGGUGAUUCCCAUCUACGUGCUAUCGUAGAUGGCUUUGUUCCGAUGCCAAAGGGCUCACUCUCCUUUGGCCUCAUGUGUACGCCCGGGGCCUGUGCGAUGGAGCUGAGGACGGAGUUGCUACAUGCUGCUGUUUCUCGGACUCCUCACGCAGUCCUGGUCAUUGCACCAAGCAACAACCUGACAUCCAGCAGGACCAUCGACGAGGCAGGGGCAGACUUUGCUAAGCUCCUACUCAGUGCCUGCUCGAGAUGGGCUAACGUGUGUGUCACAGACUUUGCACCCCGUUUGACUGUAGACGUCGAUCAGCAACAAUUGUUGCGUGAAGAGUUCCGCCGUGUGGCAGCACGUAUGGGUGUCAGGUUCUUCCCCUUUGCUGAUCAUUUCCCCAUGAACCGUCGUGAGCUCUGGAGCAGAGAUGGUGUUCACCUCAGCGAUAGUGACGGCAUGCCCAUUUUCGCCGGGCAGCUGUGGAGUGCUGCAUACCAAUACCUGCAUCCUCCAACGCCAAAGCCACAACCUGCUCCCAGAAUGUUGCCGCCUCGUAGGCAGGUUAUUCCAAAGGUGGUUGUCAGGGGACAGGUCAGUGUACCUCGUCCAUCCAACCCCUUUGAGUGGACCGUCGUUGGCAAGGGCAGGAAGAGGACAGCACCUGAGGAACCUGAGCAGUCUUCUGGUGCAGAGAUGGUGGUUCAGCAGCAGGUUGACGCAACUCCACUCCUGGAGUGUUCCAUCCAGCCCAACCCUGUUUGGUUCAGCAGUUCAGUGUUGGCUGCGAUGGAUGCUGCUGUUCCGUCCCAUCUUCCUAGCCCUGAUUCUACUGCUGUUCCAAGAAGCUCAAAGGUUGCCACCACCGCCAUCGCUGCUGCCGCCACCACCCCGCCGGGGGGGGGCUUCAGCCUGUCGUCGAUUUUGGUGUCCGGCCGACACCAAGAUCCAACAUUGAGUUGCGCUGGAAGGCUGGGCGGAUUUGUUGUCUCAGGAGGGAUCACACUCAUGCACCUGCUGCAGGUUGACAAUUAAUGCCUGCUUAAAAGUCUUGAUCAACACACUACCUGCUGCCAGAUGAUUUUGCCAACCACAUGCGAUAUAUGGCUCUGUCAAUGCUGUGUUUCUCCAAGUGGCCAAACACCACACAUGUCCUCAGCCUGGCUGCAACACUCCACCUGCCAUGGGCUGCUCCAAGCAUCUAGACACCACAUAGCUCUCCAGCAGCCUCAACCUCAAACCAUCAUCAGCUGUGAAUUCAGUUGUGUGAUACUGCUGCAGCCUUGUGUCUGCUUUUGACUUUUAACAACCAGAUUCUACCAAGUGUAACACAUCUAUGUAUGUGUGUGUGCGCGCGUGUGUUUUCGACACACAGGAGUGGCAUUACACAAUCAGGUUGGAGUGUGCCUUGCAAACAAAGGCAUCACAUUAGUAGCAUGUCAGUGUUAUUGCCGUCAUUGGGGGGCUUAGCCUGGGGCAACAGCUGGGGCUUGCAAACUCCUAACCAGACUAGCAGGGGGUGAUGAGCUCCAACCAGAAUCAACAGACACAUGUCAGCUUGGCUACGGACCUGGUCGAAUGCUCACCGUAUUUCCCUAAACACAUGCUUCCCCUCCAGGUUUGUCACAUCCAUAAACUCUGGUAAAAAGAGUUGGAAGCUGGACUUCAUGUCAUCCACACAAGAUAUUGGUUGUAGUGUUAGAACUGGCAUCACCCUUACAAUGUUUUCCACUCUUGCUGUGCCUCCUCUGUCCUGGAGGAAGAAUGACAAUUUAGUGGUUUGAACUGUGUAAAUCUUUAUAUAUAGGGCCUUUGAUCAGCCAUGAUGGUGCAUAUUGACUCACUGUCAGUUCAGCUGAUGAACAGCAACACCUGAUAAACUAAGAAAAUAGAGACAGCACUAUGGACAGCUUUCACCCCACAUUAUAUAACGUUAUAGUCACAAACUGGUUCAAUUCAUGCCAUAAAGAUGAGACAAGUCAGGUUAAAGUGUAACCAGAAUGUUUAAUUUGAAACAAUAACUAUUUACAAAAAGCAUGCGGUGUGAAAAGUAACUGCAUCAGUCGUGAAUGUGAUAUAUGGAUGUGAGAAAUGUGUAUGCUACUGUUGAAUGCACCAAACAUGUAGGAGAAAAGGUGGGCUGUUUUGCUCCGCUGCCUUAGGAGCAGAACAAUGUUGACAAUUAGUAGUAACAUAUUAAACCUGUAAGGAAAUUGUU